AUGCAGUCUCUUGCCCAGGAAAUCAAGACAUUUUCCAAGACCAAUUUGAGAAAGCAAUGCACCCGCGUGACGACGUUGAGUGGCAGGAGGAUUAUUGAGACAUGGAAAGGGUCGACAAUACAUGUUGUAGAGGAUCAAACUCAGCCUGAGACAGCAUGCGGCUAUGUACAGGACAACAGCUGGGACGUACAAGUUGGAGUUAUUAAACCUUAUUUACUAUUAGGUGAGUGGAUGUCGAUGAGAUGUCUAUUAUUGACAGGGGAUAUUUGACAGGUGCCUACACAGACACACAUACUGUAGCUGUCAGUGUGAUAUGAGGCUUUACAUUUUCAGUUUGUUUUCUCUGAGACUCUGAGUCUACUGGAUUAUUGCAUGUAAACACAUACACUUUUUCCCUAUAGGCAGUUUAAGCUCAUGUUUCUGAACUUUUGUUUUUCUUUAUCAUUACUGAAGAAAAUAUAAUACAAAUAUCUAUGCUCAGUUAUAGAUAUUUCCAUUUAAAACAAUUUCUCACAGGCUCACAAUUUGAUGGUUGUUUUUUCUUGUUGUAGGCUCACAAGAUGCUGCACAUGACUUUGGCACUUUGAGAAAAUAUAAGGUAUUGUUUUAUGUAAUAGAGAUAAGCUUUAUACUUUAUAUAUUUUUCUGUCUUGUUUUGGUGUUUCAUAGAUGUUCUUCUUCCAUUUCAGGUGUCCCACAUAUUAAAUGUAGCCUAUGGUGUUGAAAACGCAUUUCCAGACCUGUUCAUUUAUAAAACACUGAGCAUUCUGGAUGUUCCUGAUACUGACAUAACAUCCUAUUUCCAAGAGUGCUCAAAAUUCAUAGACCAAACAAAUGCAGAGGUAAGUUGUGUGUGUUUUCACAACGUUGUAGGCUAAUGUAGGCUAAUUGGGGCUGCAAUAUCCAGUUUCCUUUUCCUUUUCACUUUUUAUGCUUUAAUACCAUAUCUUUCACUGCAUUCAUCUUACCUGACAGUUUCAACAUUCCUACGCAUCAUGAAAGGUGACACAUCAUGAAAGUUAUUUCCACUUGCUAACUUUUAUGAUUGAUACCUGUCUCCAUGAUGUGGUAGUUGUAAAGAAAGCUGCAUACAUCAAUAAUCUGAUGUUUUAUAUCAAGGAGAAACUAUGCAUAGUCACUUUAACCCUACCUACAUGUACAAAUUACCUCGACUAACCUGUACCCCCGCACAUUGACUAGGUACCGGUACCCCCUGUAUAUAGCCUCGUUAUUGUUAUUUUAUUUUUUACUUUAGUUUAUUUAGUAAAUAUUUUCUUAACUCUAUUUCUUACAUUUACAUUUUAGUCAUUUAGCAGACGCUCUUAUCCAGAGCGACUUACAGUUAGUUGGUUAAGGGCUUGUAAGUAAGCAUUUCACAGUAAGGUCUACACCUGUUGUAUUCGGCGCAUGUGACAAAUACAAUUUGAUUUGAUUUGAUCAUCUCUGUACUGUAUACAGUACAUAGGUAAAAUGACUUUACUUUAUUAGUAAUUUCCUUGAGUGUUCAAGUUUAUUACCUGGCAUAUAUCUGAUGCUGGACAGCACUGAGCCAAUGCAAAGCCUCCCUACAUCUAAGUAUUUAGGUAUCCUCCCUACCUCUAUAUCCACACUGUAGUGAAUAAUACAUGGCUGAGUUUUCACCAUGUAUAAUUUAGCCUGUUGUAGAAAGAUCAUAUCACUAGCGGCCCUUUGUUUGCUAUACAACCUUUUACCAAAUCGCUGUGCUGAUCACCCAAGAACCUGACACUGCCACAUGUUGCAAAUUCACCAAAGGUUUAUGAUUACAAUGACUUGGCCUGUUGGAAAUAAGUUUCCACUCUCUGUUGAAUGGAGGUUAGUGGAUCUUUUUACUUCCCUAUGUAACCUGUGAUACCAUGCAGGGGUAACUCCAACUGGCUAAUCAAACCGUCCAUGUUGCUUUUAGCUAAGUGGGAGAAUAAUUCUAUCACCUUACAGCUUGUAAUUUUCCCAUUAUGUGUGAUUAGCAUAAUAGUAUUUUAUUAGAUUACCAUGAGGUGCAGGACAAUGUAAUUGCUCUUGUGUUACUGGGGCUGUGUGAAUUGAAGACAUGGGAUUCAAUUUUAAAGCAGCUAAGCACAUCAUGUCUCAUGCUUUUGGACUGGAUAGCACUAAACGGACAUAAGGCAUCAUAAUCCCCCAAAACGUUCCUUACCCCAGGACACUUCAACAGGUUUCCUGGAGUAUGGAACGCGUUUUUUUGAUUAUUAUUAAGUCCCUCAGUUGACCACCUCAUUCCCUUUUUUGUUCAAGCUGGGCUGAAGUGUGUUUGGGUUCCUUCUACUAAAAUAAGGCUUGUUUCUCUCGUCUUCUCCCUCAGAAAGGAGUUGUGUUGGUUCACUGCAAUUCCGGAGUCUCGAGGUCGGCCUCGGUCAUCAUUGGAUACCUGAUGUCCAGGGAAGGAAAGCCUUUCGAUGACGCGUUUGCCUUGGUGAAAUCGGCCCGGCCGGCCACGUGCCCAAACCCAGGGUUUCUUGAACAGUUGAAAGGUUUCAAACCGAAAGGGGGCAUAGAAGCCAAUGGUGUGGGCUAUGCAUGA